CGUUCGCCCGCCCGUGCCGACAGACAGCAGUACAUCACCGACAGCUCUUCGUUUAUUCAGUCCCCUGAUCCCCUCGCCUUCCUAGCUCAAUCCCGGUGAUUUCAUUUUCCUCACGGCUCCCAGCCGCUGCCGGCCUGCCGCCAUGAGGCUCCGGCGGCGGCGUGCCACUCCUGGGUGACCACUCCCCAGUCCCGGUGAUUCCGCGCCGCAAAGGUCCUGGCGGCGCUGGAGGGACUUGGCCCCGCGCGCAUGUCGAUGUGUCCUUCUCCGGGUGUCUCUUGCGGAUAACUGCGCCGUGGCGUUCUUCCUCACCCGCACCGAGAGCUCCCGUCCACUGCUACAAUUGUUUCUGGAAGGAAGCCCCCCUCCCCUUGCCGACAGAGACAUUGGAAUUUUGCUUCAUGAUCCAAGAAAUUCACAGCAGUUCUGACUGCGUUGAUAUUUGAUCUGACUGGGUUGACAAACAGUGCCGCGUCGUCAGCAUAGAAGCUGUUCAGCAGUUUAGCAGCUCUGUGGGUGGGAUAGAGAACCGAGGAUGCCCUCAGUGGCGUGAUCCAAAAUCUUCUGCAGUGGAUCAAUUGCAAAGUGGAAGAGAAAGGGAGAGAGCAGGGUCUCCCUGCCGCAGCCCACUCCAUUGAGCAGAUCUCGUGAUGAAGUCGAGGCCAGCAUAAUGGAAACCAGCUUCCCGCAGCGCUGCCCAAAACCAUAUAUUGACAGUACUUUCAACAGCUAGUCCAGUUGACUGAGUAUGCUUUUGCAAUGCCCAACUCAAAGCAAGGCCGAAGCCAACUUGGCGCCGUGAAGCAUUUGAAUCAAAUUUUGAACAUCCAAAAAAAUUGUCUUGCAUGCUGCUCCCUUUGAGGAAUUAACUCUGACUGUUGCAAACAAGGCUCUUCAUAUAUGGGGCAAGGCGAGUGGCCAAUAACUUUCGGAGGAUCUUGGCGAUGCUGUGGGACAGACUGAUUUGUCUAAAAUCAGUUGGCCCAAGAGCAAUAUCCUUCUUGGGGAUCAAGGCAAUGUAAGCUGUGUUGAGGAGCUUCCAAUUCUUGCCAAUAAGAGCAGACAUUUGGUUUAAAGCAUUCGGAACGUCCAUCUCGUCCGUGUGCCAGCACCGCUUGUAGAACAUGCCAAUGAACCCAUAAAGCCUAGGUGCCUUCUCAGCAGUCAGACACUUGAUUUCAGCUUUGAGUUCUUCCAGCUCAAACGGCUGAUCAAGGUGACUGAGAUCAACCUGGGGGAGUCGCAGAUUAUCCCACCACAUAUCGGCACUCUGUUCAUCAGGGUUACCAAGCAAGCAAUUCAAGUGGUGCAGCAGCACGUCAGCCUGCUCGGAAACCACAGGAUUGCCAGCAUGAAGAUAAGGAAUGUGGUUCUUCCUUCUUUGUCCAUUAGCGCGCAGAUGGAAAAGCUUCGUGUCCCCCCCCCCCCACUCCCCACCUUAAUCCAGGUACAUUUCUUCAAUAGUUCACCUCAGGAGCAUGUUCAUGAUGUUAGCUUAAUGAAGCAUAGCUGUGCUGAAUUUACUUGACGAUGAAGCAUACAAGGCAUCAAAUAAGCGCUAGGUUUCGAAAGUGCCAUGCUAGCUGAUAUUGGGCAAUCAGCAGUUGGACAGAUAAACAAGGUUACUUUCAGUCUGACUACAGAGAUUAUCCACAGAAUUUGGCAGGAAUUCCGCGAGGCGAUCAUGCGGCUUCACGGUGAGGUAGGAGAGGUCACUCUGCAGUGUUCCUCCUGAGGCGGGAGUCAGAGAGGUCACUCUGCAGUGUUCCUCCUGAGGCGGGAGUCAGCGUCGCGGGGGUCACUUGAAUUAUUUAGCAGAUGACGAGUAUUGAGUCUGAUCUGCUGUAAUUAGCCAUCAUCCAUUUAUAAAGGACCCUUGCCUCCACGCACCUCAUUGGGCCGGGUACCAUGGGCUUGCAACAACGGAAUCGGCCCAACUCAUAGCCAGUAUCGGGUCGUCAUUUACAAGUAUCCAAGGAGAGGCAACAAAAGAGGUAUCCGGAAGGAUCAAAAACGGCACGGCGGCGGACUUCCUCUCCCACCUUGAUUCCGAUUCCCCGUUCAUGCUUGUUCUUGUGUUCAGUUCGUGUAUGAUUGAGUGGAUUUGAGCAUUUGGAUCUUAACAUCUGGUAUCAGAGCCAGAUUCCACCUUCCCUAAUUUUUCCCCAAUUUUUUUUCCACCCCACACGUCGCCAUGACUCCCAUGACUCCCGAGCUCAAGGCUUACCUUGAUGAGUGGCAGGCCGAACGCAAGGCCUACCUCGAUGAGUUGGAGGCCAGACGCAAGCAUAUCUUGGACGACCAUAUGGCUCGCAUGGAUGAGCAUAUGACUCGCAUGGAUGAGCAGAUGGUUCGGACGAAUGCUCUUCCCCGACCGGCGACUGAACUCUGUGCAAUCGACCACCAAGACUGCACUCCUACCAUCGACACCACCAGCGGCGUUGUUGGGCCUGUGUAGCACGGCCAAGAAUAUCAUCGCGUCAAGCUCCCAUCAACACCAACACACUGGUGCCCGCGCCCGUGGAGAGCUUCGGCACAACCGAGGUCAUCCUCGCGUCGGCAGGGCUGGCCGAACCCCGGCCUCCGACUCCCACCACCACGACGCCACUCGUGGUCGCACCUGUGCUUCCCAUCAGCACCAGCACUGUGUCGCCCGUGCCAUGUUCGGUGGAAUGCGCGACCGGUCUCGUCAUCGCGUCGUCAGGGCUGUACGAUCCCUCGGUGUUCCCAACAAUCGCUCCUGGUGCUCCCAAUACGACCAGUACCAUGGCGCCGCAACCUGUUUGAUGAAUUGCGCCGCCCAAGCCAUUACCAUGUCGACCACGACGACACAACUGUCAUGGGCAUCCGGGAUUCCAUUGUCACCUGCCACGCCCACGACAAACCGCAUGGUCUCCACCGAGCUCGCCCCCGACAACGAGCAGGGUGCGUCGGGCGACAACCACCAACAACAACUCCAGCAUUGAUGUUCCCUUCUAUGUGAUGCCCGCUGUCACCUUAACAGCCCGCGCCCAGGAAGACUCAACGCCAUCAACCAAGCUUGUGGUCCCUACCUUGACCACGCCCAUAGUCCCAGCAAGCAUUGGGGACAUCUUUGUCAUCAACAACAACUCUACCAAGGAUGUGCCUCCUGCCAUGGAAGAGGUGCUCUGGUCAGAUCAAGUGCCAGGCCAUUCAAUCUCAGUUGAUUUUCGCAGACCAUAUGAUUAACACGCUGUUGUCCUCAAGCUGGCACCAGGGACACAUGCAUUGUCCUACACCGUGGCCACCUUUUUAUCUGCACUUGAGCUGGUGUGGUAGCAGCAGGCCACAACCAAUACCGUGGCCAUCGUUCGCUAUCCUUCCUGGAGGUGUGCACCUCGUUGAACCAAGGUCACCACUUCAAGGUACAUCCGGUGAAUUUUCUAUUGUUGCUGUUGUGAUGUGCUGCUUUCGGGACAGUCAAUCUUGGGUUAGUCAUCUGCAUAUCUGCUUGCAUUAUGAGCUUGACCGAGAGGAGAAUUUUACCAGUUUGCAGCACGAUGACCGAGAUGAUCAGUUUAACUCUCUUGGUGUAAGCCUGAAUGUUCUGGAAAAUUUUCUUAAGAAACCAUGCACAGAAUCUGAGGAAGCUACCGUGAGUGGUCUAAUUAGCAAAGGUGUUGCAAGUGUUCUCAAGCUAUGGCACAUUCCUUGGUUCAGUUUUCUUUUCCUUGAACUGACUAGUGAAGAGCCAUAUUGUUUGGCAUUGUUCCAGUGGGACAUUGCUUGGCAACCUGAGGCUGAGGAGCAGGUGUCUAUGAGAUUGGAUGUGCUAGAAAUGCAAUGUCUCAGGGACAUGUUCCUACUUCGACUAGCUGUUACUACUUAUCGAAGGGCCAAACCUAGGGAACGUCUGGAUGUGUCUGCACCGGUAGUCACGAAGUUUCAGCAGCUGAACCUAAUGUAUUACUACCAGGCAUCCAAAUUACGUUGCUUGAGCUGCAGGGGUCAACGUGCAACUUAUUUCCACCUGGAACAUGCCGCUCACAAGGUUCAGAGCUACAUGAAGUUCUCUUUUUCUGAUCGUUAUGGAGAAAGAAUAGAUUUCAAAGUGGGGCACCUAUUUUAUCAUGUUGUCCAUCAUACUACCCAGGGGGCCUCUCGCUGCAAUGGUGUUACUGUCUAUUCUCACUUCCACAUGUGCAUGGGUAUGAGUAAUGGUGAACUACUUCAGUGGCUCGCCAACAAUCUCUGUGGUUCAAAUGUAUCAAUCAUUCAAAGCCUUCAUGAUGAAGAUCAAUUCUGGGUGCUAGUGAACUUGGAUGGUGAAGCUACUCAACACAGAAAGAGUCAAUGGGAUCCUGGAAGCUGUAUGAUUGCACUAUGCAGUUUCGAGAAAAGGUGGACUACUCUGCAUUAUCAUGCACACCUCCAGUGGUCACCACUACAUCUUGCGGAUACAUUUCUGAACUGGUGGGUGGCAUGGACUCUGGAUGGUUUGGAGUUCUCUAUGGAUCACAGACAAGCUCCUUUUGAAGGAGGGAAGAAUGUCAUCCGAGUCGCCUUCUCCGACCAUGUCCAAGUCAGCCCGAACUACUGCAUCGACAUUAUCUACUACCGCGGAGAUUAUCGCCAUGAUCCUAGCAGGACCAAGAAAAUUCAUGUGCCAUGGGAUCCCGGCAAGUCAAGCCUUCGAUAUCCUUGGAAGCUUCGGCUUGGGGACAAGCCGAGUUUCAAGGAGGGAGGGAUGUUAGGACCCUUGCCUCCACGCACCUCAUUGGGCCGGGUGCCAUGGGCUUGCAACAACGGAAUCGGCCCAACUCGUAGCCAGUAUCGGGUCGUCAUCUACAAGUAUCCAAGGAGAGGCAGCGAAAGAGGUAUCCGGAAGGAUCACUGUAUCCCGUUGAAUCUGUCGUCCUUCCAUCCGUGGGACACGACAAUUUGGUAUCACAUCCAACAAAGUAGACACAAAAAAAAUCUCCACACCUUUUCCUGCCUACCACCUGUUCGAGGAAAUGUCGAGCCUCCAUGAAAAUGUUCGCCGGCUGUGUUCUUCUCGUCACUGUGCACUAUGUGUAUCAUCCCAUCACCGAGGAGGUGUUGCAUCAGGUCUUUGAGGCCUAUGGAGUGGAGCAGAUCUCUGUUCCCUAGAGAGCCGAUCAUGUAGAGACGGAGGUUCAGCUUAGAUCAAGACGUGGGGCAGCGCAGGCUCUUGCCUUGCAUGGUCGUUGUAUCUACAAGCACUCCUGCCUCCUCGACAUCCAGCAGGUUUCACCAGAUGUCCUGAAACAGCCUGAGCAAGCUUUGCGAUCAGAUCCAUGGCCAACUACAGAAGUUGGCGGCAAUCAUGCGCACAGCUUCACGGAGCACCACUUCUUCCUCGCGGGACAUCACCACUGAGGAGCAUGACAACAACCUCAUCGCUGCCCCGUGGUGUGCCGUGCAGACCAGGGUGUCGUUGCCUCCGACCCCAGUAGCCUCACUGCUCCGCCUACCAGAUGCUGGCUGGUUUGCCAGAGCAGCGAUGCCACCGUUGACGUCCUCCCUAAGCUCGUCGCCUCAGUGGCGAAUGACGAGGACCUCAACCUCGAAACUAUUAGUGUCGCUCCACUGGCACCUACCAACUACCCGACGGGUGGGCUAGCACAUGGUCACGACGGUGACAGCCCGGUAGUGGUGUCUGUAGUCCUCCAGACCAUGACCCCAUCAUCCACAGCUUGUCCACAUCCUUCUCUGAAUAGAAGGUUCUAGGCUAGCGCUAUGCCGCGACCAUUACCAUGGUUGUCUUUUCUGUGUGAUGGAGAUGACGAGCGGCUAACUCAUGUCCUGCAACUCAAGGUACUUUGCUCAGCUUGCAGCCAAAACCCCCAUUGGUGUACUCUUCCCAAGCUUUGUUGAGUAAAGGACCAAGAUGCUGGGAGCAUUUGUAUACCAGUGUUAAACUGAAUCUACAUGCAAGUUGUUGGAACUUUUUCAGUCCUGAGCUACCUCUAUACAAGAAUGAUUGGUUCAUAGGCAACAGUCUUACUGACUUGAUUGUACAGAAGAACUGGGAUCCAGGUGGUAUGUUGCAAUCAGUUCACCUCUUGCUUCUUCAAGAUAUUGUUUCUUAUCAUGGGAUACUUGUUUACCCAAGGCAAACCAUUCUAAUGGAACAAUUGGGGUUUCAAACCUUUAUCCGAGUUUGCAAGACAACCUACACGUGUAAUCACCAAUGGGACCCUAGAAUCCUUGUUGGCGUCUUUCACGUGCAUUCAGUUGGUACUCUGAAAGUUGACAUGGUGCUUCAGUAUUCCUUUGCCAGAUAUCCUAUGUUUGGUGUUAAGGAAUGGGUGCAAGAUAUCCCCAAUGCGUGCAGCUUAGCAGUGUCGUGUCUGAUGCUCCUCCAUAUUGUGUCUGAUGCUCCUCCAUAUUGACAUGACCACCAUAUUGUUGGAACUCUUUUACAAGUCCUUCUCAAUACUUCAGUUUCGGAACUUCACGCAAGAGAGUGGUGUAUGGGAGAUGUUAGUGCAGAUUUCAAUAGGUUCUCAAGAAAUGAACUGAUGGACAAGUGUUGCAUUACGUGUAUACUGAAGUGGGAAUUUAAGUUGAGUUAUGAUCAAGGUCAAGGUGAGCAGUUUACUUGUAGUGCUAAAAAAUCAGUGGGGGUACAAUGUUGUGUAUUUUCUCCUAGCAUCAUGACGGGACCAGUGCAAUGUCCUUCUAUCAAGGUCUUGGAAUUUUUUUGUUGCAACAUUUUGUGGAUCCUGGAGGUUACACUUUGGAUGAAUAACUCGGACAUUUCCGAACCUUCUUGCAGCACUCUUGGGCAUUCAAUGUUUAUUGGUAUUUUUCUUAAAAGGAUGAUAUGGUCUCUAGCACAACUGCUCAGUUAUCGUGGUGAAGGUGUACAAGCAGAUUGUUGGAUGAUCAAAGCAUCCAGGUACAAAAUGGAAGCGCAACAUAAGCUUGGUUGUGUUGAACAUUCUUUGUUUGCUCGCUCAUGGCUGUCAAGUAAAAUACUUGUGGGUGCUCAAGAGAGAGCCAUUCAUGGGGAGAUGCACAAGGAAAACACACUCAUCUAUUCAAUAUUGAUGGAGUCCAUCUGACUAGCAGUACAUGGGAUCACAUAAGAAAUUUUCGAUUAGUUGUAGCUGGACAGUUCCUCACAGCUUCUUAUGUGAUUCGGUCCAUGAGGUAUAUAGCGACUGCUCAUUACCUUGGCACCUCGACACAGGUUUCAAGCGAGUGUGUAUCAGGCUUAUUUGUUUGGCUGUGAAGCUGCUCUCUUGAUCAAGGAUCAGAUUUUACUAGCACAAGAACUACGUCCACUGAUUUCCCAGUUGUCAACAUACCACCACUGACCGGCCUUUUCCUAUUAUGUGUGCAAUACGGUUAUGGAAUCCUGGAAUUUCACAGUUAAUUCCUCCAUCUUGCUGGUUCUUGGGUAGUCUAGGUGCAUAAGAAGCUGGUGCCUCGUCUCUUUUCUCUCUCUCUCCAUAUUGGUUGCGUGAAGCGCAGGAGGUUGAGGUCGAGGCAGCGGCGACUGUGCUGGACGCGGCAAACACGGAGGAGGAGGGGCGCCUGGCCGAGGUCGGGCGGGACUGCGGGAGGAGGCAGCCGGCAGCAGCGGUGGGGAGCGCGCUGCGAGCGACGGCGGCAGCUGGACGCGGAAGCGGUAGUGGCCGGCAGCGCCCCGAUGGGGGGACUCGACGUGGCAGAGCAGCGGCAAGGAGUGUGCGCUCGGGCGUGAGCAGCCUUGAUCCAAGGGACGUUGGAGGCCUGCCGGACGGUCGGCAGGCGGCAGUAAGAAAGUGAACCUCGUCUGUGGUCACUUUGUUACUCAUAGGUUGGAGCACCUACACUACAAUAGAAAUUUCAAUUUAAUCCAAGGGACUGCAAUGAACCUAUUAGACAAUGUGCAUGAUGAUAUCCUUGUGGCAUCUUUCUACAGUGCCUAGCCCUUAAGUUUCGUUCUCACCUAGAGUUGUAUCGCUACCUUUUUUAAUUUUAGUUGGGUAUGUUUGUGUUGUUGCUCCAGCGGAAUCUUCUUAAUUUCUUGACUUGCAAUUGAACCUUUUUAUGGAUGUGGCUGUUUUAUAUAUAAGGUGGAACGAAAUCCCGUUUCAAGAAA